CCCUUUACAGCAGACAUGUUGAAGAGUUCCUCUCUGAUCUCUUUAACCUCUCUGAUCUGUGUUGUUUCCUCUCCUGCAGGACAGACAAACAUCACAGCUGAACUUGGACAUGACGUCUCUCUGCCAUGUGGAGCUGGACAUGAUGGAGACAUCGUAGCUGUGGACUGGACCAGACCUGAUCUGGAUCCAGAAUAUGUGUUUUUGUACAAAGACAGACAUCUUGAUCUCUCCCACCAGCAUCCAUCUUUCCAGAACCGCGUGGAUCUUCAGGACAGACAGAUGAAGGAUGGAGACGUGUCUCUGAUUCUGAAGAAGGUGACGACUGAUGAUACAGGAACAUAUGAAUGUAGAGUCUUCCAGAGAAGAACAGAUGACAGGAAUAGAGCCAUCUUCAUCCAUCUGGAAGUUUCUCCUCCAGGUACAACACAGGAUAGAAGGAACCAGGAUGGAGGAGACAAGGAUGGAGGAGACAAGGACCGAGGAGACAAGGAUAGAUGGAUUUAA